GCAGAGCUCCACAGACCAGAUCCACAUCUCGGAUCUGCUCUGUAGUAGAUCAUCACAGUUUCAUCAGGCAAACCCCGCCUAUGGUAAAUGCAGGGGCGCUCCAUGUGACGCUGGGGCUGUAACAAAAAUCCAGUAUGGCGGAAUCUGUCAGGAGAUGAAUUUUUCGUGAGUAAAAGCCCAGACUGUAACAUGGGAGAGGACUAGAGGCGGUGUGGACACAUGUUGGGACGUCUGACCUCCUCCUGGCCCGUGUAGGUUGGUUCUGGUGUAGACAGCUCUGAUUGGUGAAGCCAAAUCUAAAGGCUCAUGGGGAUUGACUGCUGUCACUGGACGUCUGCUUCCUGUUUCCAGCCCUGAGGUAUUCUUGAGGGACCAUCCCAAGCCGUGUGUUGGACAGUUACACAAACACACAGACACACACUGACGACGGGUUAACAGCCUCCUGAUUGCCACUCUGUAAAUCACAUCUACACUAAAACACAAACGCACACUUCCUGCUCAGAGAUACACUGAGCCCUGUGUUUGCCUGCUGUUCUUUGAGGACACCCACCUGACUGACCCGUCAGCCAUGACGUCACACAGCCACCAAGAGGGGAUCCUGGGAAAGGAGCAGCCGUUGGAGGUUCUGAAGACAUCAGCGCUCAACCACAUCCCAACAGUGGACAUAAACUCAGCGCUGCCCCUGCGUCUCCCUCCGGCUGCCAUUCCCAUGGACCUGCGUGUGGACCACCACCAGCAACAGCAGCAGCAGGUGUCAUCCCUGUCCCCGCCUGGGCAGCAGUCAUCAACACCAGGGCCCCAAGCCGGUGGGGGCAUGGUAUCAGCCUCAGUUCGGGAGCAACAGCUACAGCAGGAGCUUCUGGCCCUCAAGCAGAAGCAGCAGAUCCAGCGGCAGAUCCUCAUUGCGGAGUUUCAGCGGCAGCAUGAGCAGCUGUCUCGCCAGCAUGAAGCCCAGCUCCAGGAACAUAUUAAGCAGCAACAAGAGCUGUUGGCGUUGAAGCACCAGCAAGAGCUGCUGGAGCACCAGAGGAAGAUGGAGAACCACCGCCUGGAGCAGGAGCUAGAGAAACAACAGAGGGAGCAGAAACUACAGCUGUUGAAGAACAAGGAGCGAGGACAAGAAAGUGCAGUGGCCAGUACUGAGGUGAAGAUGCGCCUCCAGGAGUUUGUCUUGAAUAAGAAGAAGGCUUUGGCCCAGCGGAGCCUCAACCAAGGAGGACUCCCCAAUGAUGCCCCCUACUGGUACCGCAAAACCCAGCACAGCUCUCUGGACCAGAGCUCGCCUCCACAGACUGGUGUGUCCACCUACAACCACCCUGUGCUCGGCGUCUACAACCCUCGGGAUGACUUCCCACUUCGAAAAACUGCCUCUGAGCCAAACCUAAAGCUACGCUCGCGGCUCAAGCAGAAGGUAAGCGAGAGGAGGAGCAGUCCGUUGCUGCGGCGCCGAGACAGUCCCAUCACCACCGCCAAGAAACGUUCCCUCGACAUGGCAGACUCUGCGUGUAGCAGUGCCCCCGGCUCGGGCCCAAGCUCCCCAAAUAACAGCUCCAACAACAUCCCCAAUGAGAACGGCAUCACUGUGUCAGUCUCCAACAGCACUGAGGCGUCUCUCGCCCAGAGGCUGUGCAGUGGUGCUGAGCGGGGCUCCGUUAACCAGCUGUCCCUCUAUACUUCCCCAUCCUUACCCAACAUCACCCUGGGGCUGCCCGCCACUGCCACGGCCACUGCUGCCUCAAAUGUGACUUCAGCCCAGCAAGACGGAGGUUUGCAGCCAGCCCUCUCCCUCAGUCCUCCUUUCCUCUCAGGCGGCCACUUGACUCCCUACCUGGCUGAGGCGGGAGCUGGAACAGGUGGCCAUGGCAGCCAUAGUCCCCUGCUCCAACACAUGGUGCUGAUGGAGCAGAGCCCAGCACAGAGCCCCCUGGUGACAGGUGUGAGUGGCCUUUCCAUGUCAUCAGCCGCCUCCAUGGCCAAGUUGCAGCGGCAGCACCGGCCAUUGGGACGGACCCAGUCAGCCCCACUGCCCCAGGGGAGUGCUGCUCAGGCUCACGCCCAGGCCUUGGCUCUGCAGCAGCUGGUGGUCCAGCAGCAGCACCAGCAGUUCCUGGAGAAGCACAAGCAGCAGUUCCAACAGCAGCAGCUCCAUAUCAACAAGAUCAUGGCCAAGCCCAGUGAGUCUCCAGUGGGUCGGCAACAUCAGAGCCACCCCGAGGAGACAGAAGAGGAGCUGAGGGAGCACCAGGACAUAGGCACCCUCCCGCCAGGGAUCACAAUCAAGCAGGAGCCCCCUGACCCGCAGGAGCUCCAGGAGGAAGCACUGCAGCAGCACAGGGAGCGGGAGCGACAGGCGGAGCAGGAGCUGCUCUUCAGACAGCAGGCCUUGUUGUUGGAGCAACAGCGGAUUCACCAGCUGAGGAACUACCAGGCCUCCAUGGAGGCUGCUGGCCUGUCCAUCUCCUUUCCGGGCCACCGCCCCUUGUCCAGGGCCCAGUCGUCUCCAGCCUCAGCCUCAUCCUUCCCUAUCAGCAUCCCGGCCCCUGACCCUCCUGUCAAGCCUCGCUUCACCACAGGUCUGGUGUAUGACUCCCUAAUGCAGAAACAUCAGUGCAUGUGCGGUAACACCAACAGCCACCCGGAACAUGCAGGUCGCAUCCAGAGCAUUUGGUCGCGGCUGCAGGAGACUGGACUUAGAGCCCAGUGUGAGUGUAUCCGAGGGAGGAAGGCCACUCUGGAGGAGCUGCAGACAGUUCACUCUGAAGCCCACGUACUGCUGUAUGGAACCAACCCUCUCCGACAGAAACUUGAUUGUUCAAUCACUCCGAUGUUUGUACGGCUACCGUGUGGAGGAGUGGGGGUGGACAGCGACACCAUUUGGAACGAGGUCCACUCCUCCAGCGCAGCUCGUCUUGCUGUUGGCUCCGUAGUGGAGCUGGUCUUCAAAGUGGCCACUGGAGAACUGAAGAAUGGUUUUGCUGUGGUCCGUCCUCCUGGUCACCACGCAGAGGAAAGCACUCCCAUGGGUUUUUGCUACUUCAACUCUGUGGCCAUCGCUGCCAAACUGCUGCAGCAGAGACUCAGCGUCAAUAAGAUCCUCAUCGUGGACUGGGAUGUUCACCAUGGAAAUGGCACCCAGCAGGCAUUCUAUGACGACCCCAAUGUGCUUUACCUGUCGAUCCAUCGCUAUGACGAUGGGAACUUCUUUCCUGGAAGUGGAGCACCUGAUGAGGUGGGUAGCGGUCCUGGAGUCGGGUUCACCGUCAAUGUUGCCUUCACUGGAGGACUCGAUCCACCCAUGGGAGAUGCAGAAUACCUGGCUGCCUUCAGGUCAGUGGUGAUGCCUAUCGCCAAUGAGUUUGCUCCAGAUAUUGUGCUGGUGUCAUCUGGCUUCGACGCUGUGGAAGGACACCCUCCUCCUCUGGGCGGCUACACUCUGACGUCCAAAUGUUUCGGUUAUCUGACCAGGCAGUUAAUGACUCUCGCUGGAGGCCGGGUUGUCCUGGCUCUAGAGGGGGGUCAUGACCUCACCGCAAUCUGCGACGCCUCUGAGGCCUGCGUGGCCACCCUGCUCGGCCAAGAGCUGGACCCAUUGCCCAAGGCCGUCCUGGAACAGAGGCCCAACCCCAACGCUGUUCGUUCUCUGGAGAAAGUUUUAGAGACACACAGUAAGUACUGGCGUUCGGUGCAUCGCUACUCACCUCGGCUCGGCCUUUCUCUGUUGGAGGCCAAACGAGGAGACUCCGAAGAGGCUGAAGCCGUCAGUGCGAUGGCUUCUCUCUCUGUGGCCAACACCAACACCAUGGAUCAGAGGCCGGAGGAAGAGCCGAUGGAAGAGGAGGAGCCACUGUAACGGAGGGAAACACGAGGGUGUCACACUGUUACCAUUGACCUCUCCGGAGAAUGCCUCUUUGAGCUGCAAAGAGUCUCGACUGAUCCCUUCAUUUAGUCCCCCCAACCCCACUCACGUCAGUCACCUUGAUUGGCGGUCCCUCGGCCAAAUGAGGGAGAGGGGGUGGGCUCAGCCUCAGAGUAGGGAGCCAAUCAGGAGACAGAGGACUGAACUGGAAAAAAAAUUAAACAUAAAAGCGUUGCUUGGCAGCAUUCGCUUUAGAGACACUCAUUUUCUGUCAGUCUUCGCACCCCCACAUCAGCCCACAGCGGCUAACCAUGUGACCACGUCUGAAGGCAGCAGGCGAGUGUAUUUGGAGUGGGGGCGAGAUCAGGCCUCGUCACUGAACGGUGUGAAAACACAGAAACAUAUGGUGCUUUACACAGCUGCCCUCUGACCACAUAUGGACACCAGGGACAGCAGACAUUCCCAGCUACGUUCAAACGCAGCCCGGGACUUUCUUUUCUCUUUCUCAACUAUUUUUCCCGACAAAACAAGGGCAUCGCAGCAAAUGAGAUAAUAUUUUAGAAGAAGCAUUCACUGUGGACUUUGGUUGGCUGAAGUUUAAGUAGGCUUUUACAAAGACUUGAUGAUCUUGUGGUGAGACCUCACCUCAUUGGACCAGCCUGUCGUUGCAGAGGGUUGAUGAAUGAGAGGAGUGCCUUGGUGAAGGUCUGCUGGAUUUCAGGAUUGUUCAGGAAAAGAUUGCCUUAAGUUAAAAUAGAUUUUUCUCUGAAUCUUUGCGAGGGAGGGAAACAGUUUCCAGUCCUUCGGGGACAAGAAUGACAGAAAUAAAGCAAACAAUCUUUGAGCAUGUUUACGUGAUGAAGACAACAUUUCUGUCUCUCACAGCCUCUCUUGAAGACUUACUUUACUUUUGGAUGGAUCUAUUUUUCUGUAAAAAAGAAAACGCUUUGUAAAGGUAGUUGCCAGCUUCAUUAGAUAAAGGUGCAAACAUGGAGACCUUCAAAAAGGAAAUUAGACUGAAAGCUCUCAGCCUUUUAUGUAGCUUCCCUUUAACUGAAGUCAUUGCUUUGUAAAACACAUAAAGCAUGUAUUUGAGCAGAGAGACCAGACCUUUUUGCAAGAUAUUGAAUGUUAUCCAAAAGUGAAAGCCAAGCAAAAAAAGCCAAAGCAUGAGUUUGCAUACACAGUAGUACUUUCACUCCAGUUCGCUGGCAAGUCGACAAACAUUUCACAUAUUGGCCCUUUAAGAUAAGGCUCCCAAUACUCAGUUCAAUGUUUACUAAUUUUAUUCUUCACAGGUCGAGUGAGCAUUUCUUUACGACCUCCCAUGCUUUGCCAGUUGGCAACUACCUUGGUUACUAGUGUGAGCUAAACAUUAGUUAUGUAUAUUGAAUUGAAUAUAUUUUGCAGGGCAGUCAUCCAGUAUUGCCUGUUUGUAAUUACAUUGUAUGAUUUCCACAUCAACUUGUCAUUUUUCAAUAUCAACUGUGUUUGGUAAUCGUGUCCACUUUUUAUUUUGUAUUGUAUAAGAUUAUUUUUCUAACUUUUUUUCAUCCAUAGAUUUUGUUCUGUGUUUUAUCCGUUUUCUGGAUAGUUAUAGGGCUGCCAUUCACACACUUAGUCACAUGUUUAAGACUUUCUUUCUUUCUUGUAUUUAUCAAAAGUAAGGACUUUCUUUCUAUGGCUCUCAGCCUUUCUGCAUUUUCAUCACUUGUGUAUUUAUAACAUGUACUGUUUAUAGGAGAUUUGUAUAUGGAAAAUUUAUAAAUGUACUCUAAUGACAGCUAUGAUAUUGUGAGCGGAAAAAACAGUAUGGUGUACAAUAUUACUCCAUGAAACGUAAAAAAGCAGCAUAUUUAACUUGUCAUCAACUGCGCUGUUUCAAGUCGCCCUAAGUUUCACAAAACAAAUUGAUCACUUUGUUGCCUAAUUGAUCCAUUUCCUCUCGUGCAUGAGUGAUAUGCACCUACCUUUAGACUGUGACAACAUCACAAAAAAAGAGGUUUAGAGGCCAUUUUAAUGUAGCUGGAUGGGAUUUUUCCAAUCAGAAGGGACGCAGAUGUCACUUAUGGGUGGGAAACAUUGGCCGAUGAUUUAAAACCUCUGUCUGAGCAUGUGUUGCACUAUCAUGGUACCUUUCCACAGCGUCCUUUUGUUUUCCUGCUAAAUUAGAUUCUAAAGGUUAAUUUUUUUCAGCCGCCAUUGCCUGAUUCCAUUAAAAUGACCCCCGAUUUGUCGCUGAUUACAAAUGACUUCCUUGUUUAUUUUAAUUUAAUAUCAUUUGAUAUAGAAAAUCUGAGUUAUUUUUCAUGUCUAACAAAACAUUCCACUUGUUAAUCGUUUAAUUUGGCUUAACAUUUUUUUUAAGAUGAACUUCAGGUUUAGCAUUUUUGUAGAAACUUUAUUAACUACUCCAAUGUUUCUUUUUUGCUGUUUGCUCGCGCCAACUUUAACUCUUUGCAUGGUUUGUGAGUCAGCAUGCCUGCUUGUCUAUGUAACAAAAAUGUAUUUGCACAAUAGAAGAAGAACACUGGAGGACUUAGAAAACCUCCCACGGCAACUCAGAGCUUCAGGUGGGACGGUUUCUUCCUCUCUGGUGUGCAAACAAUUCAAAAGACUUUGUCCAAAUGACUCCACUGAGAAACAUUUGAUAUUGUUCUUAAUGAAUAUCGUUUCCAAUAAGUGAUUUUAACAUGAUUCAGCACUUAAAACAUGUAUGGACUAUGUUUAAGAGAAAUGAGCUCUGCCAAACCUCCACUAUAUUCACACCUUAAAAGACUCUCCCAAAGAAUGUUCCUCUUUCAAAGAUUUUUCAAUGGGCACUGUUAACGGUUAGAGAAACGUUGGGUAUUUGUCAAAGAAGGUUUGGAAAAGGGCAUCAUUUGAUUGUCAUACCCACCUCGGCCAGUUCUAUAUAUAACCACUGUGGCUCAAGAGCAAUUCUUGGUUUACAUGUAAAUGGAAAAAAAGUUAUUUUUUGUUUGUUGUUUGUCUCUUGAUGAAAAAUGUUAUCUUUCUUUGGGACCUACGCUUUGGACAUUUCAUCUCUGACAUCAUCUAUAAAAUAUAUUUCUGAAAAAUA